UUCAACCAUCUCCUCUUCGAACCAAAACCCUAAACUUCCAUUUCUAUAAAAUCACAGCAAAACCCUAAAUCACCAUACUCAAAGAUCACAAUGUCAAAGCGAGGACGGGGAGGUUCCGCCGGGAACAAAUUCCGAAUGUCACUGGGUUUACCGGUGGCGGCUACAGUCAACUGCGCCGAUAACGCUGGAGCUAAGAACCUUUACAUAAUCUCAGUAAAGGGUAUAAAGGGUAGGUUGAAUAGGUUGCCAUCAGCUUGUGUAGGUGAUAUGGUGAUGGCUACUGUAAAGAAAGGGAAGCCUGAAUUAAGGAAGAAAGUUAUGCCUGCUGUUAUUGUUAGACAGCGCAAACCUUGGCGACGAAAGGAUGGUGUUUUCAUGUACUUUGAAGAUAAUGCUGGUGUUAUUGUGAAUCCCAAGGGAGAAAUGAAAGGUUCUGCUAUCACUGGUCCAAUUGGGAAGGAGUGUGCUGAUUUAUGGCCAAGGAUUGCUAGUGCAGCUAAUGCAAUUGUCUGAACAAAAAUUUAACAUGAAGAUUUUUGAACUGUUAGUAUUAGUGUCACAUAUACAAACAAAUGUAACGAUGUUGUAUUGCUCGGGGAGUCUCAAUGAAUUCACAUACUACCAAUUAUUUUGCUACUUAAUAACAAACUUUGUGUAAUUUUCGAGAUCUUUCAGUUUGUCAAAGUUUUAUGGUGUUAUAAUACGUAAGAGUCUUCUUGUUA